UCCCGAGCUCGCCGCUCGCAUAGUCACGGCCCGCGAUCACACAACUCGAGCGCUACAUAGCGGGCGUCAGCUUUUGUGCUUACGAUCGACGACUCGAUGAGCCUCUGGGUGCGUGUGUAUAGGGAGACACUGCAGCCGAGCUGGCCCACACGAUACACAUGCAGCGCGGAGCGUUAAAUGGAUAUUUCGAACGAAAUUUGACAAUGGCCGAUGGCGGUUCGCUGUAAAUUAGCCAAUCUAAUAAGGCAGGCGCAGGGAGAUCUCGAUACAAUCGAACCCCCGCAGUGAUACUCGGAGCAGUCGACGCUGCGAGACCGCGGCCUGCUGGCGAUUGACACUUCUCGCACACGAGUCCAUUCCGCACAUACGACACGAGGGCCGGGAGUGCGCCAGUAGUGACCAACGCUGCGACUCGCACGGAGGCACCUGUUCGCUCCUAUCCAUUCACGAGACUGCUAGUUCCCCUCGAGUGAUAGCACAACGUCCCGAACGAUCGCAGAAGCAGCGGAUGAACGAUUCGACGAGGUGGUGUGAGAAUUAAACCGAGAGGAGACAAGGAAGGGAUAAAAUAUGAAGAAGUCGCGGGCACGCAAGGCAACAACAACGACGGCGAGGAAGAAGCCCGCCUAACGCAUCCGUACGAAAAAUCCAUCUUUCUGCGUCGACGAGUGCGUAAUUCUCGCAGAUAGUACAGAAUGGGCACUCAGAAGCCCGGUGAAUGGGCUGUCGCAUUGAUGGGUCGUUUUGAGGAACAGCUGCCAUGCCGCGCUGGGCCUCAAACGACGCACACGCGCUUGAACGAGGAGAAGAACAAAAAAUGCCUCAUCCAGAUUUCGCGCUUCCGCUUUUCAUUGGUCAUUUCGGGCCUCACGGGCAUCCUGAAGCGCGUCAACGAGAUGAUGUUCAGCGGCGUGGCUGGGGCGCGCUUCCACUCGACCGACCAGGAGCGACACUGCUACGAGUCCAUCAUAAUUGUCCUAGACACCCUCGAAUGCUGUCUUGCCAAUCAACCCAAGGAUAACACCAAAUACGACGAAGCCAUGAACGUCAAGAUACUUCUUCGCGAAAUUUGCCAGUUCAUAGAUUUACCCAAUGAUACUCCUCAGAGCACCCAUAUGAAAAACCUAGCGUGCAAAGUUUUAUUUGCACUUAGUUUAAAUUUCUUCAACGCGGUAUUCAGCCGGAUUUCAUCGAGGCUCCAAGAGCUGUCGGUUUGUACGGUGGAGGAAAAUCCAGAUUACAGCGAUAUAGAACUCAUCCAGCAUAUCAAUGUCGACGUGGAACGACUACACAGACUCUUGUGCGAGGCAAAUCAAAAAUUUCGACUGCUCAGAAAAUCGGCGUACUUCGUUCUCAUGAGCUCACUGGAAAAGGCCAUAUGGAACUGGAUGGAUACGUAUCCUCAAGAGUUCGCUGAAAUCCAAAAGACAGAAAAUGAAGAUUUAGUUAGAGCGUGUGGUGAGCUUUUUGACAUAUUGGACGCCAUUGCCGAUAAAAAAGGACGGGCCGCGACGGUCCGACCGCUCCAAAUGAUGCUCCUGAUUCUCUCGCCCAGAGUACUCGAGGAGAUCGUCAACGCGGACACUGGCGCCCCGUACUCCCCAGAGCACAAGAAGAAGAAGAUUUUCAUAGAUAGCGUAAAGAAAGGCCUAAGCUUGCACGGUGGCUCGAACAGGCAGAACGUCGAGGCUGCCGCCAUCACCGGAGUCAAGCUUUGCAAAGCAUCGACUUACAUCAGCAACACCGAUUCCAGUAAUGUCAUAUUUACUCUCGUUCAACACAUUAUGAACGACCUUACUUCGCUAUUGUUUAACCCUAGUAAGCCCUUCUCAAGAGGUACGAAUUUCAUUACUCAAGACAUCGAACUAAUGAUCGACGGCUUCGUUAGCUGUUUUCGGAUAUCACCACAUAACAACGAAAUAUUUAAAGUGUGUCUCAAUCCUAAUGCGUCCACGACGUAUCAGUAUGUACUUGUUAGCUCACUCUACAGAAUUGUAACACAGCCCAGACUGCCAUGGUGGCCGCAAAUCGAUCUCGUUUACUCGCGGAGUGCCGAUUUGCGAAGUAUGUUCACAGAUACUUUGAAUAAGGUCACCCAAAAUUGCAUAUCUCAUACACCAUUAAGAAUGAUUCAAAGUUUAACUUUAAAAAGUAAAGAGCAAAGUAAAUACAAAGACAAAGGAGAAGAAAUUGCUAGUUAUAAAAAUUUGCUUUUUUGGCUUGUUAAAUUGAUACAUGCCGAUCCAAUGCUCAUGCUCAGUAACCAGGGAAAAGCUGGACAUGAAAUUCAAAGUGCGACAUUAGAAUUAAUAAAUGGUCUAGUAUCACUGGUGCACCAAUUGAAUAUGCCAGAUGUGGCUAAUGAAGCAAUGGAGGCUCUCCUCGUUCUCUAUCAUCAUGAUAGAAUUAAAACAUGGAAUCCUGAAGCUCCAAUAAAUACUUUUUGGGAUGUAAGCUCCCAAGUUCUUUUCUCUAUAUCUCAAAAACUCAUUCAACAUCAAAUUGUCAAUUAUACGGACAUUCUGAAAUGGCUACGGGAAAUACUCAUUUGUCGCAAUAUAUUUUUAUCGCAAAAUAAAGAGCUUGCUAAUGUUGGUAGUCAAAUAAACAUAUGUAAACAGGCACAUAUUAAACUAGAGAUUGUAUUCUUCAUGUACUUAUGGAGUAUAGAUAUGGAAGCUGUUUUGGUAUCUAUGUCUUGUUUUUCGUUACUUUGCGAGGAGGCAGAAAUACGUUGCGGUAGUGACGAAGUAGCUGUUACUACUUUACUGCCAAACUAUCACUUAUUUGUUGAACUAGCUCGAGCAUCUACCAUUUUGACCACUGCCAGCGGAGAAAGUAGGAUUGGUUUUUAUGAGCACAAUCAUGGUCGUGCAGCUUUACAAAAGAGAAUUAUGGCUCUUCUUCGAAAAAUUGAACAUAUGAGCAAUGGCGUUCAACCUGCAUGGGCAGAGACAUUUCGAAACUGGGACCAGGCUUCACGCAAUUUGACCAAUUAUCCAAAGUCAAAGGCUGAAGAAGGGCAAACGGAAUCAUUUUAUCGUGGCGCAGGCAAACGCCGCGCCUCUCAUCAAAACUCAGAACACGAGCUUGAAGAUCAAAUCAAUGAGUGGGCAAAUAUGACAGGUUUUUUGUGCGCUCUUGGUGGUGUUUGUUUGCAACGAACGUCACCAACUAGACCAUUGUCGAAUUUGUCACUAACCCCAGACAGCAAAAAAGGAUCAAAAUUAGAUACCAUAUCAACAAUUUCGAACUCUAAUCAAGAUCUUCAAUAUUGCCCUGUUACUCAAUUCGUCUUCAAUCUUUUAAGACUUUUAAUUUGUAACAAUGAAAAAUUUGGCCUACAGAUUCAAAAACAUGUUAAAGAACUUGUUGGUCAUGAAAUGAGCCCAGCUUUGUACCCAAUUCUUUUUGACCAGAUUAAAAAUAUCGUCGAAAAAUUUUUUGAUCCACAAGGACAAGUGAUACUCACAGAUAUAAACACUCAAUUUAUCGAGCACAUAAUAUUUAUAAUGAAAAACGUUCUUGACACUAAAAAUGAUGAACCAUCAGAAUAUCUUGGCAUAACAAGCAUUGAAGGCAUGACUUUAGCGAUAGUUCGUUAUGUUCGUCAUCUGGAUAUGACAAUUUCUUCUAUACACAUUAAAACGAAACUUUGUCAACUAGUCGAAGUCAUGAUGAAGCGCCGAGAUGAUUUGGCUUUUAGGCAGGAAAUGAAAUUUCGGAAUAAAUUAGUAGAAUAUCUUACAGAUUGGAUUUUAGGGUCAACGAAUAUUAUUACGCCUACAGGCAAUGUUGAUAAUGCCACCAUAACAAGUAUGCAAUCCUUCAGAGAUUUAGAUCAGGCGUGCAUGGAGGCAGUGGGAGCCUUACUCCUUGGUCUUCCCCUUCAACCAGAAGAAUCAGACCGAGGUGAUCUAAUGGAAGCCAAAUCUCAAUUGUUUUUAAAAUAUUUCACGUUGUUCAUGAAUUUAUUGAACGAUUGUAACUCGGCGAGUGAACAAGAAAAAGAAACCGAUGGAAAACCAGUAAUAACAAGUGCUAAGUUAUCAGCUUUAAGAAAUUCCACUAUUCAAGCCAUGAGCAAUCUGCUAAGUGCAAAUAUCGACAGUGGUUUAAUGCAUUCCAUUGGUUUGGGUUAUAACAGAGAUCUUCAGACAAGAGCAGCUUUCAUGGAAGUUUUGACGAAGAUACUUCAACAAGGAACGGAAUUUGAUACGCUAGCGGAAACUGUAUUGGCUGAUCGUUUUGAGCAGCUUGUUCAAUUAGUCACAAUGAUAAGUGAUAAAGGAGAAUUACCCAUUGCCAUGGCUUUGGCUUAUGUAGUAACCACGAAUCAAAUGGAUGAAUUAGCUCGAGUGUUUGUCACCUUAUUCGAUGCUAAACAUCUUCUUUCACCUCUUUUGUGGAACAUGUUCUAUCGCGAAGUUGAGGUUUCCGAUAGCAUGCAAACUUUAUUUCGUGGCAAUAGCCUAGGUAGUAAAAUAAUGGCUUUUUGCUUCAAAAUAUAUGGUGCAAGCUAUCUUCAGAAUUUAUUAGAACCUCUUAUUACACCUCUCCUAUCUGAUACAACAACAAGUUUUGAAGUGGAUAGUGCUAGAAUCGAUCCCAAUGAAGAUAUUGAACAGAAUGGAAAAAAUUUAAUAGCACUCACACAAAAAGUGUUUGAUGCAAUAGUUUCAUCUGCUGACAAAUUUCCAUCACAAUUGCGUUCCAUGUGCCAUUGUCUGUAUCAAGUUUUAAGUAAACGAUUUCCUCAGUGUCCCCAAAAUAAUAUUGGCGCUGUAGGAACCGUUAUUUUUCUUCGUUUCAUAAAUCCAGCUAUUGUUUCACCCAAAGAAACAGGCAUAGUUAAUAAAGUUGUACCUACUUCAGUAAAACGUGGUUUGAUGCUCGUAUCAAAGAUUCUGCAGAAUAUUGCUAAUCAUGUCGAAUUUAGUAAAGAACAACACAUGUUAGCAUUCAAUAACUUUUUGCGCGCUAAUUUUGAAAUUGCUCGUCGUUUCUUCAUUCAAAUCGCUUCUGAUUGUGAGACAGUCGAACAAACGAACCAUCCCAUGUCCUUUGUCUCUGAUGCCAAUGUAUUGGCCCUUCACAGAUUGUUGUGGAAUCAUCAAGAACGUAUUGGCGAUUAUCUCAGCAGUAGUCGAGAUUAUAAAUCAGUCGGUAGAAGGCCAUUUGAUAAAAUGGCUACCUUAUUGGCAUAUCUUGGACCUCCUGAACACAAACCAAUUGAUUCACACUUACUCUUUUCAUCAUCUUAUGCUAGAUGGUCAAGUAUUGAUAUGUCAUCAACAAAUUUUGAAGAAAUCAUGGUGAAACACAAUAUGCACGAGAAAGAUGAAUUUAAGAGCAUAAAAAGCCUAAAUAUCUUUUAUCAAGCUGGUACAAGCAAAUUAGGCUAUCCGGUUUUUUAUUAUAUCGCGAGAAGAUUUAAGAUUGGAGAAACCAAUGGUGAUUUAUUAAUUUACCACGUACUAUUAUCGCUCAAGCCCUUUUGCCAUGCACCAUUCGAUCUUGUAAUUGAUUUUACGCACACUUGUUCGGAAAAUCGUUUUCGUGCUGAAUUCUUGCAAAAAUGGUUUUACGUGCUACCAGAAUUUGCCUACGAAAAUGUUAAUACAGUAUACAUCUACAAUUGCAAUAAUUGGGUUCGUGAAUAUACUAAGUUUCACGAUCGCAUAUUAGUACCUUUAAAAGGAAAUCGAAAAAUUGUAUUCGUGGAUGGCCCUAACAGAUUGAAUGAUUUCAUUGAUGCCGAGCAGCAAAAAUUACCGGGUGCCACUUUAUCUCUUGAUGAAGAUCUCAAGGUUUUUAGUAGUGCGCUAAAGCUUUCCCACAAAGAUACAAAAGUGUACAUCAAGGUUGGUCCUACUGCUAUUCAGAUCACCUCUUCUGAAAAAUGCAAAGUUCUCUCACAUCAAGUGUUACUCAACGAUGUAUAUUACGCCUCAGAAAUCGAAGAAGUCUGUUUAGUCGAUGAUAAUCAAUUUACCUUAACAAUAUCAAACGAGGCAGGACCUCUAUCAUUCAUUCACAAUGACUGUGAUAGCAUCGUGCAAUCAAUCGUUCACAUACGUAACAGAUGGGAGCUCUCACAACCAGACAAUAUGUCAGUACAUUCAAAAAUAAGGCCAAAAGAUGUUCCAGGAACUCUGUUGAAUAUGGCCUUACUUAAUUUGGGUAGUUCUGAUCCCAAUCUACGUACCGCAGCUUAUAAUCAAUUAUGCGCUCUUACUGCCACUUUUGAUCUCAAAAUUGAAGGUCAACUGCUCGAAACAUCUGGGCUCUGCAUACCAUCAAACAAUACAAUAUUUAUUAAAAAUCUAAGUGAAACUUUAGCAGCGAACGAUCCACAUUUAACUCUUGAAUUUCUUGAAGAAUGUAUUCAAGGUUUUCGUCAAUCGUCUAUUGAAUUGAAGCAUCUUUGUCUUGAAUACAUGACUCCGUGGCUUAAAAAUCUUGUCCGAUUUCACAAGCCUUGCGACGAAGGUAAACGUCAAAAAGUUUCUCAAAUUCUAGAAAAAUUGAUUACUUUGACCAUCGAAGAAGUUGAAAUGUAUCCAAGUGUACAAGCAAAAAUCUGGAGUACUAUAGGAAGAUUACCUGAACUUAUUGAUACAGUACUUGACAAUUUUAUUAAACGUAGUGAAUGUUCAGGACUUGGUUCUCCUAUGGUUGAAAUUAUGGCUGAUACAGCGGUAGCGUUGGCGUCGGGCAAUGUCCAAUUAGUUGGAAAAAAAGUUAUCUCUCGAUUACACAGAGUCAUAGAUAGAACGUGCAUUUCACCUACAAAUUUACUUGAGCAGCAUAAUUUAUGGGAUGACAUAGCCAUACUUGCGCGUUACUUACUUAUGCUUUCCUUCAAUAACUGUUUGGAUGUGGGCAAACACCUACCGUACCUUUUUCACAUUGUCACAUUUCUUGUCUGUUCGGGCAGUUUGAGUAUGCGAGCCUCAACUCAUGGUCUCGUCAUCAAUAUUAUCCAUUCACUGUGUACCUGCAAUGCACCAUCGUUCUCCGAGGAAACAUAUAAAGUUUUGCGAAUGAGUCUCGACGAAUUUUCUCUUCCUAAAUUCUACUUGCUUUUUGGCAUUAGCAAAGUAAAAUCAGCUGCUGUCACUGCAUUCAGAUCAAGUUAUCGACAUACAAACGAUAAGUGGUUUGUAAAUGAACGUAAUCACUCUGACAGAGAAAGACUUUCGUUGACUAAUUUAGAAGUUAUCACUGAUGCACUUUUAGAAAUAAUGGAAGCUUGCAUGCGAGACAUACCUCGAUGUGAGUGGUUAAAGACAUGGACAAGUCUAGCCAGGGGUUUUGCAUUUCACUAUAAUCCAGCUUUACAGCCUCGUGCUCUUAUUGUUUUUGGUUGCAUUAGUAAAACAGCUACUGAUAAAGAUAUCAAACAACUCUUAAAAAUUUUAGUAAAAGCUCUUGAAGAUUUCAAUGAUAUAACGCUACUAGAAGCUAUUAUCAUGUGCUUAACGCGGCUACAACCACUUCUUCGUCCCGAUUCCUCGAUUCACCGUUAUAUAUUUUGGGUGGCCACUUCAGUUCUUCAAUUAGAUGAUGCUGCUUUAUAUGCAUGUGGGCUUGCAUUAUUAGAACAGAAUUUGCAUAUGUUAGAUUCGCAGGGUAUAUUUGACAACAAUUCUUUUGAACGAGUAAUGAUGUCGACGCGUGAACCCCUCGAAUGGCAUUUUAAACAAUUGGACAAUGCAGUCGGGCUUUCAUUCAAAUCUAAUUUUCAUUUUGCUUUGGUUGGUCAUCUACUCAAAGGAUUUCGCCAUCCCAUACCAACGACUGUCACAAGAACCACUCGCGUUUUGACUAUGCUUCUUAGCAUUAUUGCUAAACCAUUAAGAAGGGAUAAAUUUGAAGUCACACCUGAUAGCGUGGCUUACUUGGCUGCAUUAGUUGCAGUCUCGGACGAAGUAAGAAGUAGAUGUCACACAAGAAGAUCUCUUAAUCGUAGUUUAGGCGAAUCUGGAAGUACUGACUUCAUGGAAAAUCCAGAUACACCUGGUAUCAUUGCUGGUAACACAAGAAUGCCGGCAAAUAUCAGACAAAAGUCGUGGGAUAUUUUAGAUCAAGCAGCUAUAACUCAGGCUCGACAACAAAAGCAUCAAUAUCCACACCACCAGGCUGGACGGAUUUUAUUUAAAAUGCAGCGCUCACUGUCUGUGCCGUCGUCAAAGGAAAUGAAAAAUAAUGAUGAUUCCGAACAAAAACCAAAUCGAAGUACUCGAGUCAGCGUGAGCAACGAAAACAACGUUUUAUUCGAUCCUGAUAUUCUCACGGAUUUUGCUACUCAAAAAUUAGUUAUGACUGUGUUGGCAACCUUAGUGAAAUACUCAACUGACGACAGUGAGACGAGAAUUCUCUAUGAAUAUCUUGCUGAAGCUUCGAUUGUUUUUCCCAAAGUUUUUUCCGUUAUUCACACGUUGCUCGACGGAAAGAUAAAUACAGUUCUUGCCAGCUGUCACGAUCGAGAAAUUCUCGGAUCGGUACAAGCUAUCAUAGAAAAUAUGAUUGCUUGCGAAGAUACAAAUCAGCAACAACUCCAUAAUUUGCAAAGUUGUGGUUUCGGGGGAUUAUGGCGAUUCGCUGGACCAUUUUCAAAAUGUAACCGUACAGCCGAGAAUGCAGAAUUAUUUGUAAACUGUUUGGAAGCAAUGGUAGAAACGUGUUUGAUAAUUGAAGAUAAUUCUGAAAGCACGAGCGAAAUGUCAUCUGAUUUGCAAAAGCGUUCAAGUGUAAGCACAUCGAAUUCAUCGAGAACAAGUUAUACUGGAUUUAAGGUGCGUAACUUUUCGGAGGAAAGCAGUUCAUCACCUUCCUUCGAUCGAAAAGAAGAGACCGCAGACAGACGGGUCGAAAAGGCUACUACGGUAAGUCAAACUCCUUCAAGUAUUAGUACUGGAAGCUCACAACUCUAGCGAUGGAUUCACGAGUGGGAUAGUACAAGCACUAGCAGUCAAAGCAGCAAUUCGCCCAACAAUAGAACACUAUUUCAAUUACCUCAGUUUCGUUUGAGAACAGCUGAGUUAGAAGCUCCCUGCUAUUGCUGCUACAUGUCCAAUCAACUAAAUCCAGUACCGUCCACUCCGCGUUAAAGAAGGUUUCUAUGUGGGAAAUAAGUUUGCAGGAUCGUACCCAUUAUUUUGAAGUUCAUGCAAACCUUUAAUGAUCCUCAUCUAUUACUGAGUUUCGUUCCUUAUCGCAAAUCAUAACGUUCAAAUUGAAUGAAACAAAGACACUAAAAUUUAAUAAUUAGAAUGUAAGAUUCUUUGCAUAUUGGUAGCAUAUACAUAAUUUAAUAUUUCAAGUACAAAAGGAAUCAGAAAAUAUUGUUGACUUAAAGUGUAAAUUUUAAAAAUCGUCGAUUAAUGUAAAUUUUUUAUUGUAAUGAACACAUAUUGGCCAUCUUUUUUAGGCUAUUGCAUUUCUCUCAAGAGCCUUAGAUGACUGAAACUGAAAAUAACUUUCUCGUAAAUCAAAGUUGCGUACCAUUUAAAUGAAAAUACCAAGUAAAGAUAUUUUUAUGUUUUCAUAGAAUAUAGAUCUGUAUAUAUUUUAGGUAUUACUAUAAUGAUAUGUCAAAAGACGAUGUACCAUAUGAAUUUGUAUAGUAUGAUUGUUACAGGUUGGUAGAAAUACAUUUUAAAUAGAAACACCGAUGUAUGCAAUAAGAUAUUGUUGUAAACUUGAAAAGAAUAUUUAAUGUAUUGUUAAUUAUGUAAUAAGUAUAAUUGUGAUGAUUAUUUUUCGAUUUAGAUUAAUAAUUCAGAUUAACUAAUGAAUUAAUCUGAGAUGAAUUUCUAAUUCUUAACCGAAAAUGUGUCUUUCGUUGACUUGCCAUUGUGUUAAUAGUAAAUGACUUUUUAUUAUAUUUUAAACUUACGUAAAUAUUUAUCUUUCAAUUUUCAUUACAAAAUUUGCUAAUAACACCGACUUUCAGUAAAUAAUGGAAAAGAAAUAAGCAAUUUCAUUUUCAAGUUUUUUGAUACAUUUCAAAUUUUAAAUUAAUUUUUUCUAUCAAAUGGUUAUUUUUCUAAAAAUAAAAACUAUUAAAUUGUAAUACAUUUUUUUUUCAUCUACCUUAUCUAUGUUGCCUUGUAUAGUGAUGUAAAAAUAUUUUUUUAUUUAGAUUUUUGAAAAGAUGGCUGUCAAACAUUGUGGCAGAAACCAAUAUUUUACCCAAUAUUCAAGAUAUUUAUUGUGUUAUUCAAUAAAAAAAGAAUAAAAUCAUACAUCUGUCAAGUAGA